AUGUCUGCGGAAUUUAUUAUUGUAAUAAUAAAUGUACUAUUUGCUACCAGUUUAGCCAUAAGUGAUAUGACAGAGAGUUCCUUUGGGAGAUAUAACGAAGGUGUGAUCGCAGCAUUCGGUGACUUCAAUUCAGAUGAGCUAACAGAUGCGUUUGUUAUUAAGAAUAAUUCGAAUGUAGAAGUGUUUCUAGCAUACGAUAAGGAGCCAUUUCUCAGACCUUCAGCUUAUGCUUGUAAUUUCACUGACAUUGUUAUAACAAGUGUCGUACCAGGAGAUUUCGAUGGAGAUGCGUAUAUGGAUAUAAUGUUAACAACUCAAGGAAUCGAUGUCCUUACUGAUCUUCAUUCUGUCCUGAUUCUGUGGGGAGGUGAAUCCACCUUAAAUUGUUCUGAUGCUAAGUUUACAAAGGCCACCACAGUUGGCCAGCCACUGGUUAUGGAUUAUAAUCGCGAUAUGAUACUAGACCUAUUUGGAAUGAAUACCCAAUAUCAGAGAGUGUUCUGGAUAUUUGAUACAUCAAGAACAAAACCUGAACAAAAGUUAAUGGGUGGAGACUCUUUGAAAGAAAUCAAGUUACCACAUUCUCAUUCAUUUUUAGAUGUAAAUGAUGAUAAUGCAGCUGAUCUGUUGGUGACAACGACAUCAAAUGUUGAAGUAUGGUUGAAUGAUGAAUUUGAGGGAUUUGAAUACACAAAUAGUAUUGAGUUACUGGUAGGCCAUCCAGCUAUCUAUGGACAAGCCCUAUUCAUUGAUGUUGCCCUCUCUGGUGAAUUUUAUUUAGUGAUACCAGUAUGUUAUGAUCCCCAGUGUAUUAAUAGUACUAUACUAAUAAAUGACAAUGAGAAGUGGCACGAUUUACAUGUGGAUUUGAAUGAUGGUAAAGGCACAUUGUGGCGUUUCGUGCCACCUAAGAAUGAAAUCUAUUUAGAUACGAUCACCAUGAGAAGUGGAGAUUACAAUAUGGAUGGAUAUCCAGAUAUUUUAAUGACAUUAAGUCCAGUUAACAGUAAUACAACCAAAGUAUUCCUACUUCAUAAUACUCCAUGCGACUUACCAGGGUGCCAGUUCCGUAGAACAUUUGACGCUCAGUGGGACAAAUUUGACUCUUUUGGAAAUGAUGUUGUAAUGGCAACAUUUUAUGAUUUUUAUAUGGAUGGUGUACUAGACGUAAUAUAUGUAAAAAAGAAUGUGACCACACAAAAACAUACAAUGCAUUCUUUCAGAAAUGAGUUGGAAUAUGACACAAACUUUAUUAAAGUGAUUGUAGUGACUGGUUUAACUAAUGAAAAGACACCAGUCAACAAUAGAACAUUUUAUAAAAGUAAACUAACGUUUGGUACAAAUCUACCUGGCCCUAAAAUUGGCUACAACACUUGGUCACAGGAAGGCACUUACAGAACAGGUGUUUGCGCCCAGUUGCCACAAUCUGCCUACUAUGCAUUACAAUUACCUUACUCAAUAUUUGGUUUAGACCGCACACCUAACUUUGUAGACACUUUGAAUGUAGGGCUUUCAGGAUAUUCUAGGAGUUGGACUCAGAUUAUUCCAAAUUCUCAAAUAGUAGUAAUUCCUGCUCCUCCUAAUGACUCUUCACAAUGGAAGGCGCAAUUAUUUGUAACUCCAAGUAAAGUAAUUCUCAAGAGUGUGUUUGUAUUAACUGCUAUUAUUAUUGUUAUUAUUGGAUGUGUACUUUACUUACAUUGGAAGGAAAGGAAUGAUAGACAGGAUAUAAUAGAGAUAGAUGAAAAGACUUAUGUAAAAAUUUAA